GAAAGCUCCAACCAAGUUACGGCCAUGGGUGUUGGCGCCUCAGCGAAAGCCAAGACGCCGCAGGCAUCCGACAGCAAGUCCGCCGCGGAAGCGCCAGCGGAAGCUGCGACGCCCAAGGAGAAAUCCCAAGCGGAGUCUUCGCAGGUGCCUCCAUCCACUGUGCCCGAGCCGGUGGCGCCGCUGGCGCCGGCUGAAGAGGCGAAGGCGGCUUCGCCUGUCCCCACACCAUCGUCUCCCAACUUGGAAGGCGUCGCUGAGGCGCCGGCCGUCAGCCUUUCGGAGCCCGCGUUGCCCGUGGUGGAGGCGACUUCUGCUACACCAUCUGCGACGGUAGCUGAGGAGGCGGCGGCGAAAGUCUUUAAAGUGGACGACCUCACGGCGACAGGACAAGCUUUGGUUGAAGCUAUCGAGGCGGAAGAUUGGACGGCGGCUGAAAAGUUGCUGAAUGAGAGGCCUGAAGAAUGCGACGUGAACGCGCGCACCAGCGAUUGGCAUUACUGUCUUCUCCGUGCUGCGGCGGAGGAGGGCGCAAGGGAGACGUGCCGGAAGCUCUUGGAGCAUAAGGCCGACGUCAACGCCCGAGAUCAGAACAACAUGACCCCGCUGAUGGGGUGCAUCGUUGGAGGUGAUUACAACGACAUCGUGCAGAUGUUGUUGGAGGCGGGUGCAGAUACAGCUGCCAGCACGGAUGAUGGCUUCACGGCCCUGAAGUGGGCCACGAGGCUAAAUCGACAGGAGUCUAUACAGCUCUUGCGCGCCGCCGGCGUGACCGGCGCCUCGUCAGCCUUUACCUGAAGCUGACCGCGAAAAGAGAUGACCAGUGGACCGUGGACAAAGC